CAAUAGUUAACUAACUAUUAGCAUAAAUGCCCACGUGCAAUCACGUGGAGGAGCCAUCAGUUGCUAUGACAACAGUUUUAGUAAAAUGGCGGACAGAAGUUUGCAGGUAUCUUACGUGGAAGAUGAAUUUGCACCGGCACAAGAGGAGUUUGGUGAGUGGCAGCGAAGGUUUGAUCAAGUCAUUGAGGAAUUGCCUGCUUACGGUCCAACUCUAGCAAAAAUAAAAAAACAGUAUGAGGCAGUUAUUGGUUUUAUAAUUGACAGUAAGAGAGUUCGAGCAUUAGUUCAACUUGACCGUGAGAAGAGAAAAAAGGACAAACAGUCAAUAUUAAAUUUUAAGAGACGCAAGGCAGAGCUCGAAGAGAAAAUAUUGAAAUUAUCUUCAGAAAAUAAAAGACUCAAAAAAGAAAUAGAUACUACAAAGUAAUUACUGCAACUUGAUCAUCGGUACA